AUGGCAAAUAAUGAGCAUUCUCAAGGCUCAGAUACUUUGGAAGUACCAAAUAGAUCAAAAUUAGAUAUUCCACUGCGUACCAAUAUUAAUGAUAAUGGUGGAAAUAUAAGUGAUGUUUCAAGUGUAUCUUCAGAUACUCCCUUGCAAAAGGGAUUCUAUGAAAUAUGUCCACGAGAAUUAAGUCAACUCCAUGAUCCUAAAUCAAUUGCUAGAUUGUAUAAUUUAGGUGGAUUAGAUCAUUUGGUAUAUGACUUACUAAACAGUUCGACAUCUCAUGGUAUUCAAGAUCGUGAUGAGGAAAAUGAUAUACAACCAAGAAAACUUCAGUUUGGUGAGAAUGUUUUACCUACAAGAAAACCAAAAUCAUUUAUAAGAUUAUGCUGGGAAGCUAUGCAUGAUAAGGUUUUAAUCCUUUUAUCCAUAGCUGCUGUAAUCUCUCUAGCUCUUGGACUAUAUGAAACUUUUGGUCAAGGUACUGUAUACGACGACGAAGGCUUACCGUUACCCAAAUUGGAUUGGGUAGAAGGGGUGGCCAUCAUAACAGCAGUUAUCAUUGUCGUCAUUGUGGGUGCUGCUAAUGAUUGGCAAAAGGAAAGACAAUUUGCAAAGUUAAAUGCUAAAAAGGAAGAUCGAGAAGUUGUCGUUAUUAGAAAUGGCUCUCAGAAAUAUAUUUCCAUAUUUGACUUAUUGGUUGGUGAUUUAAUCAACUUACAAACUGGUGAUGUGAUCCCUGUUGAUGCUAUUUUAGUUUCUGGUGAAAUUGAAUGUGACGAGUCUUCAAUUACUGGGGAAUCAAAUACUGUUCGUAAAUGGCCUGCUCAAGAUUGUCUUCAUCAUUAUGAACGACAAUUACCAACUACUGAAGAUUUGGGGUCAACAGAAAUAAAAUUUAAAGAUCCGUAUAUGAUAUCAGGUUCAAAAGUACUUGGUGGUUAUGGUAAUGCCAUCGCCACAGCUGUUGGUCCUAAUUCUAUGCAUGGUAGAACUAUGAUGGCUUUAGAUGUGGAAGCAGAAGUAACUCCAAUGCAAGCUCGUUUGGAUGCUCUUGCCGAAGGUAUUUCAAGAUAUGGGUUCCUUGCAGCUUUGAUUUUAUUUGUGGUUUUAUUGAUUAGAUAUGGUGUUCAUAUUGCUCCAAAUGGUUCUUUCCAUGACUUACCUGCAACAGAGAAGGGUAAGAAGUUUAUUGAUAUUUUAAUUACUGCUGUGACAAUUGUGGUUGUUGCCGUACCUGAAGGUUUACCUCUUGCUGUUACUUUGGCUUUAGCGUUUGCAACUACUAGAAUGGCUCAAAAUGGUAAUUUGGUUAGAGUCUUAAAAUCCUGUGAAAUCAUGGGUGGUGCAACGGCAAUUUGCUCAGAUAAAACAGGAACUUUAACGGAAAAUAAAAUGCGUAUUGUUAGAGCUUAUUUCAAUAAGGAUUUCUUCUUCGAUUCCAGAUCAGAUGCACUUUCAACCGUCACUAACCUCCCUGGUGGACUUAAAGACGUUAUUGCUGCAAAUAUAACCUUGAACUCGACUGCAUUUGAAAAUGAAAAGUUUGAUGAAUCCAUAUAUAAUAAGGCUAGAGAAAAGCCCAAGCCAAAAUCAUUGAUCUCUACUUUAAUUUCCAAUAUACGAGGUCAACAAAAAGCACAUUCUCAGACUGCUUUAGGUGUUGAGUCUGAACCUUAUUUGGGUAACAAAACUGAAUCUGCUUUACUUAUUUUUGCCAGGGAAUCAAUGAAUCUUUUCAAGCUGCAAAGUCUUGAGUCUAUUCGUACUCAAAAUCGUCCAGAAAUCGUUCAAACUAUACCUUUUGAAUCUUCUCGUAAAUGGGCUGGUAUCAUUGUUAAGUUGGGUCCAGGUAAAGGUUUCCGGUUUUAUAUCAAAGGUGCAGCUGAAAUUGUAUUCAAACAAUGUGGGUAUGAAACAACUACUAAUCAUAAACUCGACAGAUCUGAUAGAGAACGGGUAUUAUGCAAAAUUGAUGAAUAUGGUAUUGAUGCCCUUAGAGCAAUCAUGUUAGCCCAUCGUGACUUUUCCCAUUUGAAAUCUUGGCCACCCACUGAAAUUGCUGAUGAAAAUAAUCCUCGGGAAGCAGAUCCUAAGCUUUUAUUCAAUGCUUCUCAUUCUGCAUUUCAAGAACGGAGCUUGAUUUUGGAUAUGCUCGUAGGUAUUCAAGAUCCUGUCAAAGAAGAUGUCCCUGAAGCAGUUUUACAAUGUAAGAAGGCUGGAGUUUCUGUUCGUAUGGUCACUGGUGAUAAUUUGCGUACUGCCAAAUCCAUUUCAAAGAAUUGUAAUAUCCUUGUUGCUCCGGAUUUGGAUAAUGAAUUUGCAUGUAUGGAAGGUCCAGUGUUUCGUGAAUUACUGUUGAAGGAAAGACAAAGAAUUGUACCUAAUUUGAAGGUGUUGGCAAGAUCAUCUCCUGAAGACAAAAGAAUAUUGGUUGAUACUUUAAGAAAAUUAGGUGAAGUUGUUGCUGUUACUGGUGAUGGUACUAAUGAUGCCCCUGCAUUGAAAUUGGCUGAUGUUGGGUUUUCUAUGGGUAUUGCUGGUACCGAAGUUGCACGUGAAGCUUCCGAUAUUAUUCUAAUGACUGAUGAUUUCACUGAUAUUGUUCAAGCCAUCAAAUGGGGUAGAACAGUUGCAACUUCCAUCAAGAAGUUUAUUCAAUUUCAAUUAACAGUGAACAUUACUGCUUGUGUGCUUACAUUUGUUUCAGCUGUUGCAUCAUCGGAUGGGCAUUCAGUUUUAACAGCUGUCCAAUUGCUUUGGGUUAAUUUGAUUAUGGACACUUUAGCUGCUUUGGCAUUAGCAACAGAUAAACCAGACGAUUCACUUUUAAACCGUCCUCCAGCAGGUAGAACACUGCCAUUGAUUUCAACAUCUAUGUGGAAAAUGAUUCUUGGACAAUCAGCCAUGCAAUUGACUGUAACUUUUAUUCUUCAUUUCAAAGGGCCUCAUUUCUUCUUUGGUAACGGUGCAAUUGAUAAUCACGAACAGAAACAAUUGGAUGCUAUGACCUUCAAUGCCUUUGUUUGGUUACAAUUCUGGAAGUUGGUGGUCACAAGAAAGCUUGAUGAGGCUGAUGAAAUCACUACUAUUAGAGGACGUAUCACUAGAGAGAAUUUGGAUUUCUUCCAACAUUUAUUGAGAAACUGGUAUUUCAUUGUCAUUACUGUACUUAUUGGAGCAUGUCAAGUGCUUAUUAUGUUUGUUGGUGGAGCAGCAUUUUCUAUUGCUAGACAAACUCCUGGAAUGUGGGCUACCGCUAUUAUUUGUGGGUUCCUUUCUAUUCCUGUUGGUAUAAUCAUUCGAAUCAUCCCCAACAUUUGGGUUGAACGGUUAUUCCCAACCAAAGCAUUCAAUACAUUCUUGUACUAUGCUGGGCUCAAGUUCCUUCUGAAGAAGAAUAGAGCCAACAGAAAGAACUCUGAUGAAGAAGCUGGUAAUAAGAGGGAAAAUGGUGAAGUAGAGCCGGGGAAGGCUGAAUAA